AUGGCGAUUUCACCCGAACCCAUGUCCCAAAACCCGAUUGAUUUCCGUGCCCCGCCCCCUUCUCCCAUAGCCUCUGGCCGCCGAUCGACUGUCACCAAUGACGACAUUUUCACCGAAUUCCUCCACCACUCGCUACGUGUCCCCGACCUCGCCAUACCCAAUAAGGCUUUUCCCCGCCAGCUCUUCAUCGAAAGCCCCCCGGUAAUUGAUUUCCUAACCUUGGAUUCCAAGGAAAGCGAUUCAAUACAGAAGAUUUUGGUUUCUUUGUCCGGUAUUGGAUGCUUUCAGCUAGUGAACCACGGGAUCCCACCGGAAGCUUUAGGUGCGGCAUUGGCUGCUGCCGCCGGACUUUUCCAUCAUGUCCCACCGGAAAAGAAGGCGGUGGUGACGAGGUCAUUGGAAAGGUUGUAUGGUUUUGAGGAAGGUCAUGGAGAGGAGGGUGAGGGUGAUGAAUUGAGUGAAGAGUUUGUGUGGUCAUGUAGAGAUGAAGGUUUGAAGUUGCGAAUGGAGGGAAUUUGGCCUGUUGGAUAUUCAAAUUUCAGCGAGAAAAUGGAAACCCUGCUGUUGGAGAUAGAAAAGGUUGCUGAGAAAAUUCUACCAGCCCUCUGGGAAAAUUUUCUCAGAAAAUCAGUUUUUGGAAAUGAUAUGAUUCUACAGCAACAACUUGGGCCAGUAUGUUGUAUAUACAAGCACCGCAGAAACGUACUAGCUGGUCGGUGGUAUGAUGUGAUUAGGAUGCUGAUAAGGGGUACUGAUUUCUCUCAUACCCUGCGUUUACAUAUAUGUGAUGGGUCUUCAGAGUUUCAAGUGUACUCCAAGAAAGGUUGGAUAUCUUUUAGCCCAGAGAAAGGUGCUCUGAUAAUCACUGUCGGAGACCAAAUCCAGGCAUUGAGUGGUGGGCUUUACAAGCACGUGAUAGGAAGGCCAAUCUUUACGGAUGAGAGAGAGAACUGUAUAUCAAUGGCUUUCCUCUGUUCCCCUCCAAGCUCCACCACAGCCAGCUACUCCAAAACCAGCAGCAGGGUGAAGAGGGCCAUUUCACCGAGUCAACAAGCCUUGGUGGCUUUAAUUUUGACUUUUAUAUACCAGUUUUUUGUUUACAUUUACAAGAAGUUUUGAUGUUGCCUUCACUACAUCAAUCUAUUUGCAAUUAUACAUCUAUUUUCAUUUUUUCAUAAUAUAUACGUUUUAUACCUAAA